CGGAUAUAAAUGUAGGACUUGUCCCUGUUUCUAUGACGACGGUGGCUGACAGCUGGAUGACGAUAGGCGCGGCCAAGUCGACGGCUUCGCUCUGCGGAACUCCUCAGUGAGUGAAAUAUGACUUCACCCCCUAUUGCAUCAUUAAGAUGGGGAGAAAUGAAGGUAGAGGGCAGUGACACUUUAUACAAGGAUUGUAAAGUCUGGCCAGGAGGAAAUCGAACAUGGGACUGGCGAGAGACAGGAACCCGGCAUAGACCUGGAGUUCAACCAGCUGAUCUUGAUGAAAUUGUAAAUAAAGGUAUCCAGACUCUUGUUAUUGGAAGGGGGAUGGAGGAAGCAUUGCAAGUGCCUGAAGAGACACUGGAUUUCAUCAGAAGUAAGGGCAUUGAUGCUUUCGCUCUACAAACAGAGAAAGCUGUAGCACAGUAUAACAAACUGGUGAAAGAAGGGGUUGCUGUUGGAGGGAUCUUCCAUUCAACCUGUUGAACCAUUCCAUUCCUGAGGUUAAUGACUUGAGCUUACCAUAGGAGAAUAACUCGCCAAGUUUUGGAUGCCAAGUUUUAGUUUUCUCUUAUGAUGUUUUUGAUACAAGAAAUAAAAUUUAUAAUGACUGUAGACUGAAAAGUAUAACAGAUACUAAAAGAUGUUUGUAUGUUUAAAGCAGCUCAAUAUUCUAUGACUUCUACUUCAAAGAUUAUUUGGGCAGUCAUGAAGCCAUGUUUACUUUCAAUUUUCUGAUUGAAUGCCUAAUAAACAUUUCAUAGUGAA